AUGCUGGUGUGCUGUGUCUCCUACAUCAAUGGAGGCAUCUCGAAGGUCCUCAACAACCGCCCCCUGCUGGCUUGGCUGGAUGGCAAAGCUCUGCAGAAAGCCACUUUUUGUUCCUGCAUGGUGCGCAACAUCUACAAGGGCGUGGGCUACCCGUGGCUUGCCAGGCAGGUGGCCCUACAUCGCCCCGUGUCACAGCUUCUCUGCGUCUUGACUUUGCUGUUUGAGCUGCCGCUUUCCUUCUCGGCGCUUCUGGGGCCAGGCUCCUUUGGCAAACUCGGGCCGGUGCGGAUUCUUUGGUGCCUGACUGCUUGCUCCUUCCACUUCGGCGUGAACUUGCUUUGGGGAAACAGCCCGGCCAGCAUGUAUAACUACGAGACGUGGGUGAUCUUGGUUAAGACCAAAUGGGCUGGUUGCCGAUGUGUUCGGCAAGUGCUACUGGUCAUCGAACGCCAAGCCAUCGGAGGUCAAGGCCAUUGUCCCAGGUACUCCUGCAGCCUCGAAGGACACUUUGACGAUUCUGUCGCUGGUCUGCUCCUUCGCACUAUUCGCUUGGAUGACCGUGGCUUUCACCCGCCACUUCGAUGA